UCUGGUUUCUAAUGGCUGAACAACAACAACUGUCGGUAACAGAGAAACUUUCUGAAACUUCUUCGGGGACGGAGGAAAGUUUGCUGUAACUACCUGCUUCGUUCUGUUCGUCUUUCAAACCACCAAUGCGGAGUUACUGAUGGAUUCGAGGUUUGACAUCCCGCGGAGGGCCGCCGGAGCUGGCGGCGGGGGCUCCGCGAACUCGUCCCCGGCUCUGGGGGCUCAGUCCCGGCGCAGGAAGGUGCCGCCCCGGCCCGCUGAUUUCAAACUCCAGAUCAUCAUCAUCGGAUCCCGCGGUGUCGGUAAAACCAGCCUCAUGGAGCGGUUCACCGACGACACCUUCUGCGAAGCCUGCAAGUCGACCGUCGGAGUCGACUUCAAAAUCAAGACGGUGGAGCUGAGAGGGAAGAAGAUUCGACUACAGAUAUGGGACACAGCUGGACAGGAGAGGUUCAACAGCAUCACAUCAGCCUACUACCGAGGAGCCAAAGGAAUCGUGCUGGUGUACGAUAUCACCAAACAGGAGACCUUCGAGGACCUUCCGAAAUGGAUGAAAAUGAUCGACAAGUACGCCUCAGAGGAGGCGGAGCUGCUGCUGGUCGGUAACAAGCUGGACUGUGAGACGGACCGGAUCAUCACCAGACAGCAGGGGGAGCGGUUCGCCUCUCGGAUUAGCGGAAUGCGCUUCUGCGAAGCGAGCGCCAAGGACAACUUCAACGUGGACGAGAUCUUCCUGAAGCUGGUGGAUGACAUCCUGAGCAAGAUGCCUCUGGAAGUGCCCAACAAGGAGCUCUCCAACAGCGUCCUGUCUCUGCAGCCUGAACCGGAAGUGCCGCCGGAGCUGCCUCCCCCACGCAUGCGCUGCUGCUGAGAGACACACACACCACACACACACUCACAUACAUACACACACACACACACACACACACACACACAUACACAGUAUGCAGAGUAUCAUUGUAGCCACCAGAGGGCGGCACAUAGCAGCAGUUAGGAAACACGAACGGUCUGGAGCAGAGUUUCAAAUCCAUCUCCCACCCUGAGAGGCACUAACAGCCCCCCCACCCCCGCCCCCCACCCCUCUGUCUGCACGUGACCCGGACUACCUCAUCUCUCUGACCGUUCUGACUGGCCGUGCCCCGCAGGUGCCUUCUGGGAGGGGGGGGGGGGUCUCUCUCUCUCUCUCUCUCUCCCUCAUCACUCACUAAGUCGGUCAAACGGCGUCGGCUGCAGGUAAACAGAAGCACGUGGUGGAAGUGUGGCGUGUUGCCGUAGCGACCGGACGAGUCGUGUCAGUUUGUGCUCAGCCUUAAAGUAUUAAAAGAUUUGUAACGUUUUGCACUUCGGCCUCUCGUCCCCCGAGUUCAACUGACACGCCGAGAAGAAAAGAAAAGCACAAGUGAAGCUGGGCCGCCUGGAGGCGGAGCUAGGAGAAGAAAGUGUGUGUGGGAGAAGACAGAUGAUGGAACACACACACACACACGUUUGUAUCUGUUACUAACAUGUUUCUUCCUCUGGAUUCGGAUACUGAUCAGAGACGAGUGUCAGCGGGGAAACAGGCGGGAAGCUUCUUCAGUAUUUGAACGACUCAGGAAACUUCGAUUUGCUGGUCAGACCUGCACAUCUCCUCCUUUCGCGAACUUGAUUUCAUCACAGUUGACUAAAAGGUCCAGUUAGUGGAAGCUGUGGGGAGAUGUGAGUAUCGGUGAGUGCCACGCCUCUCAGAACGGAGAGAUGGAGUGUUUGAGCUGAGAGGAACUGCUCUGGCUCAGCGAGGUCUUUUCUUCUGCGUUUUCUCUGAAUCCGUGUUGUUUCUGCUCCCGCUGACGGACCAGUUUGGGGUUUUAUUUGCGGCGGCUUGUCCUUUUACGUCUCUCUGAAACGCCGGGCCUCGACGUUAACACUUCUCUCUUUUUAACUCCUGGUAUUUUCCUUUGGAAGUCGCUGCGAUGCGUUCGUGGUUUUCCUCCGUAGUCCUUCACCUUUUAUGUUAAACCCGAGCUUCUGUUGGCUUCAAAUGUGUAUCUAACAACGACUCUAAUGCCAAAUUCAACAUGUUGAACUCUGCCUUGGGCGCAGACGUCGAGGCUCGAUGCCUUUAAUCAGGUCUCGCAGUAUUGAUCCGAUUGAGCAACACGACCUUUGUGUACAUGUGAGCGUUUCUUCAGACGUAGACAGUCUUUUGACCUUUGACACUAACCCUGUGCUCUAUCUUUUAUUAGCCAAGCC